CUGUGCGCCUCGACUUUGCUUCAUCCCAGACACCGAAUUAGUUGUGCGACGUCUCCCGCGGAGCACUGAGGUGGUAGCGGUCUGUCCCAUCCACCGAUCUACCGAUCCACGAAACCAUGCUCAUCGUGUUGCUCCUGAUCCAAACGGUCGCCGUGCUCGGCGAUGGAGGCGGCGGAGGCUGUGGGCCGAGAUCCCUGCUCAUGGACCUGGUGGAGUUGGUUCCCUCAGUCCAGAACACCACACUGUCCCAGUGCGAGGAGCAGCUGGUGGAUCUGGGAAGAGCCUGGCAGGAUCAGCAGUCCUGGGCGCUCAAGGCUGUGGACGCCUCCGGCGAGGGCUUCUCCAACUUCAUGAUGGGCCAGAGCACCUGGCUGGGCAACCGGUUCACCUGCCGCGCCGUCAACGAGCCGGUGCUCCAGGACAUGACCAUCAGAAAUGAGCGUCUUCUGCGCCAAGUGGCGCCCAUGGAGUUCCACUACUUGGUGGCCUACCUGCAGUCCAACUCGCCGUGGCAGCUGCGCGUGACCCUCAAGCGGAGUCCCCUGCUGCACAUUGGCCUCUGUCUGCCCAGGACCUGCGGCGUCCCGGAGGUGGAGCAGCUUAUCCGGCGGUCCCUGGAGGCGGGCAGCUCCUUCCGGUGCUGGGACAUGGACGCCCAGCUGGUCUAUGCCAAGAAGCCCGAAUUGAAAGCCCACUUCUUGGACAGCGGCGCUGUGCACCUGCUCCUUCUGGUGGUGGGUGGAACCCUGCUGGUAACUCUUCUGGCCCUGAGCGGCCUGUGGCAUUCCCGCUUCCUGGCCUGCUUCGAUCUGGCCAGCAACUGGCAGCUGGCCUGGAAGCCGGCCAAUCCCAGCCAGGAGAAUAGACCCAUCAACGGCCUGAGAGUGCUCACCGCCUUCUCCCUGGUCGGCGUCCACGUGAUCUGGUACAAGUACUUCUCCGUGGACCCCUCCGCCGAGAUGCUCAACAAGCUGGUGUCGAUGACCAUGCGGCACACCUACUGGCCCAGCAUGGUGGAGAUCUUCUUUGUGAUCAGUGGCUACCUGACGGUCCUGAACUUCCUGAAGGACGAGCAGCUGCAGCAGGCGAUAGCCAACGACGGGCUCUGGGGCAAUGGGCGUCGCUACCUGGAGCAGUUCGUCCAUCGCUACUGCCGCCUGGCUCCGCUGCAGUUCGUCGUGAUGCUGGCCGGCGUGGUGAUGGUGGAGUACCAGCGCCAGGUGUCCGUGCUGCACAUCACCGAUCCGCAGGACGAGCUGUGCCGGCGCAACUCGCUGCACAACGUGCUGUUCAUCCAGAACCUGUUUCCCAUCGGCGAAAUGUGCGGAUCGUGGACCUGGUCGCUGGGCUGCGACAUGCAGCUCCACAUGCUGGCAAUGCUGCUGCUCUUCGCCCACGGCAGGCACCCCAGGGCGGUCAGGUGGAUAACCUACCUGCUCCUGGUGGUCAGCGCCCUGAUCUCGAGCGUCCUCAUGGAGAUCAAGGGCGUGGGCGCCAAUUUCGAGGAGCUGUACCACACCAACGAGUGGUCCUACAUGAGUCCGCUGAUCCGCAUGCUGGCCUACAUAAUCGGGGGCUUGUAUGCCUACACACAUGUCAGGGGUCUGGAAACGCCCUUCGACCUGUUCAUGCCCAAUCGCUGGGUCAGGCUGGGAUCCCUUCUUGUGGUCGGCUGCCUGGCCAAGCUGGUGAACGCGGAUCCAUUGCCGGCGACCAGUGUGGUCGUCAUCUUCAUGGUCAUUCUGCGCGUCAUGGUGACCACGCUGGCCAGCCACCUCAUCCUCUGCGGCACCAAGGCCGACACCAGCGACUCCUGGGCCCCCACCCGCUGGCUCCUGGCGCUCCUGGAGUCGGAGCAGGUGCAGCGCGUCAGCCGGUUCACCUAUGCCAUCUACCUGCUGAACCCCCUGGUCAUCAUGUACUUCUACCACUCCUUCAGCGAUGCAGUGAGUCCGGACACCACCAUGAUGAUAAUUUUCACCAUUUCCUGCUCGGCGAUCUGCUACGCAUUGGGGAUCGUAUUCACCGUGCUCUUUGAGAUCCCCUACAACCGGCUGACCAAGCUGCUGACCUCCUCCAGAGCCUCGCCGAAGAAGAGCACGUAGACGCCACUACCUGCCCCACAGGUUCAUCUCAGAACACGCCUGAACAGACCUCCGAAAUUGCAGUUGGGCUGUAAUUGAACAAUUCGUCGGCGAUUGGUGUACUUUAAAGGAAUAUUUCGUUUAUUUAUCGAAUACAUUGAAAUGCAUACACGAGUUGGUUUCCUCAAAUUUUUGUUUGUUUUUUGUAUUUUUAUCUUUAUAUUACUUUGUAUUUGUUUAAAUAAAUAAGAUACAUACGUUUAAUCAUAA